AUGACUCAGAGCGACCCCGAGCUCAAGCAGAGAUCAGUGGUAUCCUCUUUCGUCUGCUCAGAUGCAGGAGAAACCAUAUUUGCUCUAUUUCGACGAAGUGAAAAGGUCAGCACAUAUCAGUACCACCUAGCUCCCAUCUCAGGUAACAUAGAGAACCAUGAAAAGCCAGAGGCAGCAGCAUGGCGUGAGUUGAAAGAGGAAACUACUCUCACUCAACGAGAUGUUGACCUCUGGCGGAAGGGAAAACCACACAAUUUCAGUGAUCCUUCUGUCGGUCGGAUGUGGACCAUUUUCCCAUUUCUAUUCCGACUCAAAGAGUCUGGUGAAGGUGGUCGCGGGGAGAGAGGUAUUCAAAUCGACUGGGAGCAUGACAGCUGGGACUGGUACAGUCCCGACACAAUCAAAGAUGAUCUGAACUUUGGUGGCGUACCACAUCUGAAAGAAAGCCUGUGGCGAGUGUGGUUCGAAGGCGACAUGAACGAAACUGCUGGCAAGGCACUCACAGCAGGCCUGGGAGAAUUGAAGGCAGAUCAUCAGAGUGGAUCUCACGAGUUGACCUCGAUUGCGCUGAGGAUCUUCCGAGACGUUGUCGUGCAGAUGGACGAGGACAUCAACACGAAGUGGUGGGAAAUUGUUCGCAUGGCUGCAUGGCAUCUGUGGAAGAAUGGGCGAGAAAGCAUGGGGGCAGCCACCUUAAAUGCAUUGCUAGGAUUACUCGCCGAUAUGGAAGAGAUUGUACACGACACUCUCGACAGUAAGAUCAAAUGGGAACGCUUGUUGGCUUUGCUUGACUAUCAUCUGGACAAGCGCAAAGAUAUGCCCGCGCGUAUCAAACGCUCCUUUAUGACCUAUCUCGAGUCUAACUUCCUGCCUAUAACACGCUCAAGGCCUACACCCUCUAUUGUGAUCCUCACCCUGUCGGCGAGCUCUACUAUCCGCGAUAGCAUCCUCGAGGCCUAUGCAUCUCUUCCAAUACCUAAUCUGGACAUUAGGAUCCUGGAAUCUCGUCCACUUUUCGAAGGAGCCAAAAUGGCAUCUUCCAUCCUCUCUGCCUUCCAGUCCCGAUUUUCCUCGUCUUCCGAUCGACAUCUGAAACUAAACGUGUACACCGAUGCAUCUGCCGCUCUCGCCUCCAAGGAAGUGGAUUUCGUGCUGCUUGGAGCAGACCGUCUCUCAGGCUCAGGCUCAGUGAGCAAUAAAACUGGAUCCUUGCCAGCUGUUCUAAGUGCCAGGUAUGUUUGUCCUGCCGCCAAAGUUUUGGUUCUCAGUGAGCUGGAGAAAGUGGCCGAGCCUGGUGGCGGGAGCGAUCAUAGCCACGAAGAGAAUGAUCCUAAAGAGCUGCUAGACUGCUGGAUAGACUGCGGCAUUAAAGGAGUUAAAAUCCUUACUGAGGGGAUUGAGGCUGAUCGAGAAGACACCUCUUACGCCGUCAAAGUUGAGAACAUCUACUUCGAAUGGGUUCCGGCUGAAUUCAUGGACGCCUAUGUCUGUGAGAUAGGGAUUUUAGACGACGCUGCUAUUCAAGAAAAGUCCCAGCAGGUAAAGCAGAAUUUAGACAGAUACUUUGGCCAACUCUAG